UUCAUAGUUUGCUCUUGUACACUGGCUCUCUUUUUGAUGAGUUAGUAUUGGAUUACAGGUUCACACGCUAGCCUCUAGACCGCCCGUCGCCCCGACCAAUUGCCCCAUUCAUUCCAAACGCCGGAGACGGCGUCGCCCCUGAUUGGUUAUCAGCCUUGGGCUAAGAAACUUUCCCACGACCAGCGCGUGCUGACAGCCCGCCAGCCACUCCUCACAACCGGGACAGACAGCCACAGUGCUUGCGGAUGGACGAACGGACACUGGGGCGAGUGUGUCACGAACCGAAAGUCUAUUGGACCCCUGUCAAACUUAUUCACAGAACGGGGUGUGUCUGGGCCAUAGAGUUUGCUUGCAACUGUGCUGUCACUCAAACUCAUGGCUGUCUCGUAAUUGGCAAGUUAUGGUGCCAUGUCCCGCCCCUCCUGGGUGGCAGUCGUGUAGAAAUGAUACCGUGGGAAGGCUUGGUCCUUCAAACGGGUCAACUCGAGGUGUACCUGACAGACGCACAGCGACUCGGAGAAUUGGGAGACUUGGACUUUAUAUAUAUAUAUACACUGUACUCUGAACGAGGGAAAAACAGCAGCGGAUUAAAAUGAAACGGAAUCACGAUUUUAGCUCAUCGGACAGUGAGCUGGACGAGAACAUUGAGGUUGAGAAGGAGAGUGCCGAUGAAAAUGGGAACGUGAUUUCACCCCUUGGGCCGAUGUCUCCAUCAACAAAAACUCAAGUGAAUGCGAGGAAGCGCCGUCGAGGAAUCAUUGAAAAACGGCGCCGCGACAGAAUCAACAACAGCCUCACGGAGCUGCGUAGACUGGUCCCCAGCGCGUUUGAGAAGCAGGGUUCAGCUAAACUGGAGAAAGCAGAGAUUCUGCAGAUGACGGUGGAACAUUUGAAGAUGCUUCAUGCUGCUGGAGGAAAAGGUUACUUUGAUGCCCGUGCUCUGGCCACGGACUACCGAGGUCUGGGUUUCAGGGAGUGUCUGGCUGAGACAGCCCGCUACCUGAGCAUCAUCGAGGGGCUGGACAGCGCUGACCCCCUGAGGAUCCACCUGGUCUCCCACCUGAAUAGCUACACGUCCCAGAGAGAGGCCCUCUCCAUCUCUGGGAUAGGGCACCUGGCCUGGGGCUCUGCCUUUGCGUCGCCCCCCUCCGCCCACCUGGCCCACCUUCUCCUCCGGCAGCAGCACCAUCAACAUCAGCAUGGGGCGACGUUACAGUUACCACGGAGCGCCUCCAACAGCCCUCCGUCAUCCUCCUCUUCUACUCCUUCAUCCUCCUCCUCUCCGAUUGAGAGAGCGCCACGUUCCUCGCCCCAUGGCCAUGCUCCCAGCAGGCUUAGCGGUGCCACCCCCCUCUCUGAGCACAGCCACUCCCAGGGGGGCCCUCGCCACGUCCCCCCCAGCGCUGCCCCCCUCCCCCUGGGACUGAACCUCACCGUGACCUCCUCAGCCGCCGUGACCGCCAAGCUCUCCCCUCCCCUCUCUCUGUCCUCCCUCUCCACCCUGUCGGCGUUCCCCUUCCCCUUCAGUGCCUUCCCCCUGCUGUCCCCCAGCACCCUCAGCUCUCCUGCCUACACCCCCUCCAGCCAGGCCAGCUUGGGGAAGCAGCCCUACCGGCCCUGGGGCAUGGAGAUAGGGGCUUUCUGAACAAUCUUUAACCCCCCUCCACACAGACUAAACUGACCAUAUAGAUCAAUAGAGGUCUCACCAUCACUAUGAACUCAACUCAGUUCACCAGCUGAGAAGGACCUUUCCAAGACAAUGUUUUUCUAGACCUUUCCAUGGCCAAGACAAUGUUUUUCUAGACAUUUCCAUGGCCAAGACAAUGUUUUUCUAGACCUUUCCAUGGCCAAGACAAGAUUAUGUUUUUCUAGACUCUUCCAUGGCCAAGACAAGAUGGAGUUUUUCUAUCUCACAUCCUAUAGAGGAUUUCUUAGAAAUCGUGUUUCAAAUCAAAGUUUGUUGGUCACACACAUAUUUUGCCGAUGUUAUCGUGGGUGUAGCAACAUGCUUGUGUUUCUAGCUCCAACAGUACUGUAAUAUCUAGCUAAAUGCUUGUGUUUCUAGCUCCAACAGUACUGUAAUAUCUAGCUAAAUGCUUGUGUUUCUAGCUCCAACAGUACUGUAAUACCUAGCUAAAUGAUUGUGUUUCUAGCUCCAACAGUAAUACCUAGCUAAAUGCUUGUUUCUAGCUCCAACAGUACUGUAAUAUCUAGCUAAAUGCUUGUGUUUCUAGCUCCAACAGUAAUACCUAGCUAAAUGCUUGUGUUUCUAGCUCCAACAGUACUGUAAUACCUAGCCAAAUGCUUGUGUUUCUAGCUCCAACAGUAAUACCUAGCUAAAUGCUUGUGUUUCUAGCUCCAACAGUAAUACCUAGCUAAAUGCUUGUGUUUCUAGCUCCAACAGUAAUACCUAGCUAAAUGCUUGUGUUUCUAGCUCCAACAGUAAUACCUAGCUAAAUGCUUAUAUAGCGGGCUGUUCACUUUUUACAUUCUAUGAUAUUAUAUGACCCAUAAAAAGUGGUGGAGGCACGACACUCUUCUCCAUUAAAACAUUUUGAUUGUGAAUUAAUGAAUGAAUAAUAUAUCAUCUUCAACAUAUGGGAACAAUCCCUCAAACACACUGCAGUGUCUCUGUAGCUUUGCUCAGAGAUACAGUAUAUAGACUAUAUAUUACAGUCCAAUUUUGAGUAGACAUUAAAAUGUCAUGGUGCAAGUGAUCAGUGCUGUUCGAGAUUCUGCACAGAUUAUUGUGAACAUGCUGACUUUAUAUGAUUACACAAGACAAUAUAUAGUUACAAUAACCUCAGAAUGUGGCCGUGGAUGUGUUACUCAUUUAAAGGUUGAAUGUUACAAUAACUUUAAUGUAACUUAACUUCAGGCUAUUUACUUUAUUACAAAAGUUAUAUUGAAUUAUCUUUGGUUGACGACCAAAAUAUAAUUUAUAUUCUGCUUGGAUAGCUCCAUUUGUGCCACUGACUUAGUGAGUGGAAUUCACACCUCCAUCUCAACCAAAAAUGUAAGUUAAACAAUAGGAGUAAAUCAAAUUAAACUUUAUUUAAAGAGCAUUUAAAGUUUGAUUUGAUUCAGUCCUAAUCCUUUAGUUAGAUUUUUGGUUGAGAUGGAGACUUUAAUAGAACAUAUAAAUGAUUAAUUUGUUAGACAAACUGGAAUUAAACCCACACUAAGUCAGUGGCACAGAUGGAACUAUCCAAGCAGAAGAUAAAUCUCCUUCAAAUGUUGGUUUUUGGUUGCGUUACCAAACAAACACAAUUAAAUAUAACUUUUGAAAUACAGUAAAUAUCCUGAUAACUUGUCGACAAGUUAACAAAUGAUUGGUUGGGUUCACGUCUCCAACUCAACCAAAAAUCGCAGUUAAAGAAUGGGAUUAAGUAUGUGGCUCAGAUGGAACUAUGCAAGCAGUACAUACAUCUCCUUUAAAUGUUGAUAUUUGUCUCUCUUAUUAGAGGAAUCACAGUGAUAACAGAUUAAUCAGUUGUAUAAAUAAACAAAAUACCUGACAUUUGA